AAUGUCACACAGAAAAUCACGUUUCGCAGAGAUGAUGCAACAUCUUUUAGCUCAGAUAAACAACUUCAUGAGUUUACAUCCAGAAAAAUGUAUCGAUCUAAUAAACAAGGUAAUAGAGUUUUUUGAAGACGGAGGAGAGGAUGAAAUAGUUUCUGAAGCAGCAGAAGACCUAAAAGCUUGGGAAAACACUAAACUCACCAUUGCUGUCACUGGAGACACAGGAGCUGGGAAAUCUUCCUUCAUCAAUGCUUUCCGGCGGUUGAGACCUGGUGAUGUGGGUGCUGCUCCCGUAGGAGUAAGAGAGACAACGCAGAAGCCAGAUUCUUAUGAGCAUCCUAACCUCCCCAAUGUGAUCUUCUGGGACCUUCCAGGAAUAGGAACCCAAGGAUUUCCUCCAGAAACAUACCUUAAACAGGUGAAAUUCUCCCGCUAUGACUUCUUCAUCAUUGUAUGCUCAAAGCGGUUCCGAACCUGCGACGUUCGCCUAGCUCGAGAGAUCCAGGCCAUGGGCAAGAAGUUUUAUUUCGUCCGGUCCAAAGUGGAUGAAGAUUUGAGCAAUGCAGAGAAGACCAAUCCUGAAAAAUACAGCGAAGAGCAGAUCUUACAAGAAAUCAGGGAUGACUGCAAAAAGAAUCUGGAGAAGCACUUGAGAGCCUCCAACCCUCAGAUCUUCCUGACUUCCUGUUGGGAUCCUGACAAGUAUGACUUCCCUCUCCUCCUGGAGACUCUGGAGAAAGAUCUGCCCAGCCUGAAGAGACUGGCCUUCCUGCUCAGCCUUCCCCACAUCUCCCCUGAGGUCAUACAGAAGAAGAAAGACGCACUGAAGAAACAGUCAUUGAAAAUAUCUGUGGUGUCUGCUUUUGUCAAUGCCAUGCCCUUGGGAGACCUUAAGGUAUCUUAUGAUGCUGAUCGCAUGGUGAAGACCAUAACUGGCUUCUACAAGAAGUUUGGGUUGGAUGACGGCUCCCUAGCUCGGUUGGCCAGGCAGAUGAAGAAACCCGUUGAAGAGCUGAAAGUUGUGAUUCAAUCACCACCUGAAAAAGACAUUGCCAAAAAAUUAUGGGUGAAGCAAUGUGCCUCUGAAGUAGGACAAAUACUGAGCUCUUCUUUUCCUGGGAAAGGUCAUGUUGUCAGUGGGGUGUUUUCCUUUGUAGCCACGUACUGGACACUCUCCGAGUUCUUAGAUCAACUGGCUGAAGAUGCCAAAGGAGUUCUGUUGCUGGUCGAGUCUAGUGUGCUACAUCAGAUCCUCAAAGGGGAAGGAUCAUUGAGGCCUAGAGGAAAGGUUGCAACUGCCACCACCUUCCGGGAUGAGGUGCCAGAAGAGGGAGUUUCCCAGGACCUCUCCUGCCUGGAGACGGUGAACCUGGAGGACAUCAGAGCUGAUGAUCGCUUGGAGGAGCCGGAGGAUGCAGAGGAAACAGUGGCGGAGGAUUUCAUUGGGCCGAAUAGCAUUUACAGUGAAGAGGCAGGACCCUCCCAUCGCAUUGACUCAGCUCCAUCCGAGCCUCACACCAUCCAGGUGGCACCGGAGCAGCACAUCAGUGCAUAUUGGCUGUAUGUUGUGGCUAACAGACUAAUGGAACAGUCAGAGAGACAGCGUGCAGCUCAGCUUCAGCUAAUGGACAACCACCAUGCUGAACAAAUGGAGGCGAGGAGACAGGAGAUGGAGGAGAGCAGGGAGGACAGGGACAAGCUCUGCGAAGCCAUCAGACGCCAUGAUGAGGUGCUACAGAACUGUUCACGCAGUCUCUAAGUGCCAGAGGUGGCACUUAGUGCUCUCUCUGUGGGCAUGUGAGCUAUCGCCCCAUCUCU